AUGAAUCAAACGAUUUCCUUUAGCCAUACACCAGGACACGUACCUGUCAGGAAGCGGAUACCUUUAGGGGUUGAGGACGAGGCACGGACGUCCAAACAACAGAGAGCCGUCUCGACAAAAAAGAGGAUCGCGAUAUCUUCUCGCAAGACAUCAAAGACCAACGAGAACGCUCACAGCACGGGUUUCUCAUUAGACAGAGUUCCUGAACAAAUCAUACAACUUAUUGCAGAAAAUAUUGAGGACAGACGAAGUAUGGCUGAAAUGGCCUGCACUUCCAAGCGCUACUACUCCCUCUUAUCGCCGAUCCUGCACAAGCUUAUCUUCGUCUCUGCAACCCACUGGUUGCACACUCACAUUGUCGUCCGCCGCCUUGUGCUUUAUUUGAGCUACGCUCAAAUAAAGCAAAUUAUGAAAGAACCCCCAUACAUAUUUCCGAACAGCCUUGACCUCAAGGCCCUUCCGCCAUGUGCCAAUAAUGUCCGCCAGAUGAUUGUUGGGUCCAUCGAUCCAGGUCAGAAAAGGCGAGUCAUUAUUAUGAGGUAUUUGGAAGAGGUCAUGAAGAACUUGCAUAAUUUGAAAGUCUUCGAGGGGCAUGACUUCACCGCAUCCAUGUCGAGGAGCAUCGCGGCGCAGCAAAAUCUCAAAGCUUUAUACGUAUCUUUCAGCAAGAUCCUUGGUUUCGAAAACGAUGUCUUGAUUCCGUUCACUAAAAUCCGUAAUCUCCAACAUCUUCAUGUCACAGGGUCCUACGGAUUCAACGGCGAAAAAGUCCUCUCCAAAAUGCUUCUCAACUCUUUAACAACCCUUGAGAGUCUAGAAAUCACAGCCAAGUGGUACUGGUCUGGAUUCAUGGAUAACUGGGAAGAAGAUAUUAAAGCCCUCAACCCCAAGACCUGGGAACAGAUACCCCAUUUCACUUCUCUAAAAUCAUUGUCUUUGUCACUCAUAACUUUUAACAGGGAACUUAGACAAAAUCUUGUUCGAGCCGUUGACUUUUUGAAGCUCGAAGAGUUGCAAGUUAACCAUUUCGGAGAUAAAUACAGGGAUGUUACCAAGGAGCACCUGGAUGGACCCCUCAAGUUCUUUCAAUCUCUCGAGCAUCUAUUCAAGAAGACCGAAAAGGGAAAUAUCCAUUUACGACAUCUUUCACUACAGAUAAGUGGAUUCUAUCGCGAACAGAGGAAGGUGAUAGAAGAGGGCCUACAGGGUAUAUACAGGUUCAUCUCUUCGUUUGAUACAUUGAUCCACUUGGAAAUUCAUGACUACAACACGUAUCGGAGCGUUGAGGAGUUGAAUCCUGGACUAUUAUCGCCGCUGCGGCUGUCUAUCUUGAAGCACAGAGAUUUAGAAACACUCCGUUUCCACUACAAAGACGUCCUCAGCGGUCACGAAGUUCCUUGUUUCACAGCUGCUUCAGUCAAGAUACUUGUCGAUAAUCUACCUAAGCUACGUGUCUUAGAAUUUGCACCCUCAGGGGACAACAAGGAUGAAAUGCUUCAAGCUCUCUCGAGGGCAAAGAACUUGGCUACUCUCAUCUUCAAUGACGAACAAACUCUAUAUCCUAGAUCAGACUUCCCCGAGGACUACCAUGCUAUGGUUGUAAAGAGUGUCAUCGAAGGAUUUAUGGAGCAUGCUUCUUGUUGGGAAUUUAUCUGGGAGAAGCAUUAUAAGCUGAGCGAAUUCCGAAUAGGUUCAGAUGCAUAUGCCAUCGCGUCAAAUUUGAAGCGCAGGAAAGGCUACUUUAAGAUUGGCCCUAUGAAGGUUGCGAAAGGAGAUUGCGAAGUGAAGUUCCAGGAUCUUCGUAGAGGCGAACAGCCCUUGCGGGACCGUUCUUAUUAUGUUCCCGAGGAGGAAUGGAUGAACAAAGUGACGAACCCAGGCCGGCGAGCACAAUUUUGUUAA